AAGAAUUUUUCAGCAAUGAAGAAACACCUGUAAAGAAGACUACUAAAAAGAAAAAAGAAUCAAAAGAAGACCUGAUAGAACAAUUAGUAAAACAAUUUAAAGAAUUGAAAAUUGAAAUAGCAAAGAUUGAAAGACCCCAAAAUAAUGAUAUUAAAUGUUGCAAUUGUGAAAAGAGAGGUCACUUUAAAAAAGACUGCAGAAGCUUAAGAAGAAAUAACAAUAAUAAUUAUGGAUUUAACAAUAGUAACAAUAAUUUUAACAGAAAUAAUUAUCAAAACAAUAAUACAAAUAAUAAUAAUCAACAAGAAAAUAGAACAAAUCGAAAUGAAAAUGGAAGAAGAAACAAUAAUCAAUACAAUAACAGAAAACAAUACAAUAAUAGAAAUCAAAAUCAAAAUAAUAAUAAUCAAAAUAACACUCCUAUUAAUUUUAUAAGUAUUGAAGAAACUGAUGAAUAUAAUACGGAUAAAGAAGUAAAAGAGAUUACAACACUAUUAAAUGAAAACUUUGAUAGUUUUGGAAAUUUAAAAAGGAGAACUGUAAGACCAGAAGUAAUUUAUGAUUAUAAAACUGAUCCAAAAAGAAAAAGGAAUAAAAAUUUUGAACCAGAACCAAUGGAAUGGACACCAAAUAAAAAUAAAAAGAAAAUG